AUGCACCGUGAAAAGGUCCUCACGAAAACAGUAAGAGCCAAGGACCCAGAGCAGCAUACGCAGCCCUCCGGCUCGGCUGAAUCAGCAUUGCUUACUGAAACCAAGGCAUCAGGAAGUAACACCGCGGAGCGGGAGGGGCAGGUGCCGCCAACAUCAUCUAGGGAUAGCGACGUUACGGCCUGCACGGCUGAACCCGGGCGGGGGGAAGUGUGCGGCGAGGGGGAGCCGGCCGUCUCGGAAGCGUCGGUCGUUACCCCAAACGACCAGACGCUGCAGAAAAUAUAUAACUGGCUGCAGGAUGACCUCUCUCCCAUGCCUGUCAUCUCCGACGACGAGUCGGUCGUUUCCCUGCCGGCUUCGCCUGUCCUCGGGGACAAAAGGAGACAAAGCCUGCUCCUGACCUCCGGGAGGCGGCUCGGAGUGGAAAUGGACGCGGCCACAAAAGAGGCCAACGAGGCGCUCCUUAGGGGAAAGGAAGCCCUGGAGUCGUCGGGCAACAUUAGGAGGGACUGCAAACAGACAGCGCUGGAGAGUCUCCAAACGCUCUACGAGAUUGCCCUGGCGCUGUCGGACUCCAGGUCCAGACAUAAGGAGAACCUGGAGAAGGAACGGUCGAGGCACGCCAGGGAGCUCGUGAGGGCUGAGAGGGCUCACAGUAAAGAGAUGGCCGAGCUGUUUAAAAACGUUGCCACAGAACUAGGUCAGGCGCGCGGUGAAAUCGGGGAAACCCUGAAGGAGUCCAGGGCAACGCGGGACUGGCUGGGCUGCGAAACUCGGGAGCCCUUCGAGCAAAUUGGCCAGCUCAGCCGAGCGCUCGCGGACCUCGGGAAAAAGCAGGAAUACUUGGCCGACUGCCUUGCUCGGCACAAGGAGGACCCAGCUGGCAGCAACAACAAAGAGUUCUCAGACAUUUAG